GGCGGAGCGAAGAGGGCUCCGCACCUCGGCGCGGCGGGGCGCGAUGGGGAGAGUGGGACGGCGGCUACCCUCCUUGGCAGCUCUCUUUUACGGGGUGCUGGCGGCGCUGGUGCUGCUGGGGGUGCGGGACGUGUUGUUCGUCUACGAGGAGAACCGGUGCAGCAUGACCUACAUGUACGAGUACCCCGAGUACCUGAAAAUAAAAUUCCCCAAGAAAACAGCCAGGAGAUACCCAGCCUAUGAGCUCUAUCUCUAUGGGGAAGGGAGCUAUGCUGAAGAAAACAAAAAUCUCCUGUUGACAGGAAUUCCAGUUCUCUUUCUUCCAGGGAAUGCUGGCAGCUACAAACAAGUACGUUCCCUUGGCUCCAUUGCACUUAGAAAAGCAGAAGAUGUUGACUUCAAGUAUCAUUUUAAUUUCUUCAGUGUCAAUUUUAACGAGGAGUUGGUUGCGCUCUACGGCGGCAGUCUGCAACGACAGACCAAGUUUGUGCAUGAAUGCAUCAAAGUCAUCCUGAAGUUGUACAAGGGUCGAGAAUUUGCACCGACCAGUGUUGCAAUCGUAGGUCAUUCCAUGGGUGGUCUUGUUGCAAGAGCACUGCUCACACUGAAGAAUUUUAAGCCUGAGCUUAUAAACCUCCUCAUUACUCAAGCCACACCUCACACUGCACCUGUAAUGCCUUUGGACAAGUAUCUUACUGAUUUUUAUACAGCUGUAAACAGUCAUUGGAUUCUAAAGGCCCAAGAUUUAAGAAAUUUAACUACCCUUUCUGUGGCGGGAGGAUUCAGAGAUUACCAAGUUCGUUCAGGACUGGCUUUUCUACCAAGAUUGAGUCAACAUGACAGUGCCUUAUCUGUUGUGAGCUCGGCUGUGCCUAGAGCUUGGGCCUCAACAGACCAUCUCUCCAUAGUGUGGUGCAAAGAGUUGAUCCUGGCCACCAUUAGAGCUUUUUUUGAUCUCAUAGAUGAAAACACAAGGCAGAUAACAGUGGAUCCAAAGAAGAGGAUGUCUGUUCUGAAUCAUCACUUUGUGAGACACCCUGCAAAGAUAUUUGAGGAAAAUCCUGAAGCUUUCACAGAACUCACAGGAACUUUCAUGUGGAUUACAGUCAGAACCUCAAAAUGGACUUACUCAGUUUACAAUGAUUCUGAUGGAAAAUAUUUCACCUUCCCCCUUGCAAGUCACAGAAAAUCAUACAGUCACAUGUACUGUGAAAACAGCAUGCUGGAUACAAGUAGCUGGAUUUAUGGCUGUUUGAACAGUAAUUCAUCCAUGUGCCUGGAAGCUACUGAUUUAUCCUGGGGAGCUGAGUUACUUCCAACCACCAAAAUUGUAUUAUUGAAACUUCAGGAUUACCCUUCUUUGUCCCACAUUGUCAUUCAGAUACCACCUGCAGCUGGCAAUAAGUAUACUUUGGCCUGUGAGUUCUUCAGGAAGGAUUCCAGAACAGUACAGCUUCCUGUGACACAUCUCUUGUCAUUUGGGUUUUCUUCAAGCAAAAUCUUACUGAACUCAAGUGGCUUACUUUACAAUGUACGACUCCAGCACUUUCACCAAAUAUAUCAAGCUUUCAAAAUUUCUGUAGAGAGCCACUGCCAGUCACAGAAAGAGAGAAAACCUAGUGUUUACAGGCUGCAUAUACCCUGGUCACAUGAAGACUCAGUAACUGUAGCAAAGGUUCCAUCUCUUACUGAGAUUUCAGCCAAACUGCAUAUUGCUCAGCCUGAAAAUGACAGCAGUGUUCCAGAGCUAAAUAUUUACUCCUCCUCAGACUGUCAAUAUGAAGUGAUUCUGAAGACGUCCCUUUUACAGGUUCUUGGGCAAAUAAUAAGGUUCCAUGCUGGUGCUCUUCCUGUCUACGUUGUUGCUAAUAUUCUUCUUGCUUAUGGAGGGCAAUUGAGCACUUUGAUGUCAAGAGGCCAGUGUUCAGACUUUUCCCAUGAACUAGUUAGGACAGCUAAACCCUACAAAGUAGAACCUCUUAUAAGCAUUGUUGUCUUUCUGCUGGGGUUUAACUGGUUUAGAGAGAUAUGGGAAUCACUGUCACUCCCAGAGGUGGAUGCUGCUGUACUGAGUAGUCAGGAUGCAUGGUUCCCCCUUGUGUCCCUGAUGCUAUUUCUUUUUGGGACAGGCAUUGCCUACUGGAGUGGAGUAUUUUUCUCUACAUCUCUGAGGCUCUUCUCUUCAUUAUGGUUAACUCUGAUUAGGCCUACUGUACUUGGAAAAGAUGACAAAUUGAUUACACCCAGAAGGCUCUGUGGGGUGUUAACCCUUUGUUUGAUUAGCUGGACCACUUGUGGUGCAUUUGCUCUACUCCUUAUUUAUCUUCAGUACUUGUUUAAGGUUAUAAAACUACAUGUGAAUGUAAAAGCAGAACAAAAGCUGCUUAAUGGGGAUUCGGACUGCUCAAAAGAAACUUCACAGAAGUUGUGUGUGCCAACAGUAAAACCCCAGAGUUUGAUGAAUAGUACUUUAAAAGCAACACAGUCUCUUCCCAACACUACAAUAGCUGCUGAAGCCCUCAGCACUCUUAAGAUGCACAUUACCAUUCUCAACUUAUUCACGUGGAUCGUGCUGCUCUACCUGCCAUCUUUAAUUUAUUGGUUAAAAAAUCUCAGGUAUAAUGUUAGACUUGAUCCUGAUCCAUGUAGAUCUACAUCUCUUCUCCUCAUCUGCAUUUUAGAAAUCCUCAUGAAUUCAAGCACUUCUGAAAUGAAAUCAAGUAAACUCUUGAAGAUUGCAGCCAAAGUUCCACUCCCUUUGUCUGUUGCAAUGUUGGCCUUUGGACGACUGCAUUUAUUCAAAGUGCCGCACUUUGUAACUUUUUCUCUUCUUCUACAUGUGGUGUGUUGUGUUGUGUAACGUUCCUUAGACGGGGGAGGAACCAUGCAACCUAGAAACUUAAUGCUGGAGACCACAAGGAAAUGCCUAGGUUAAUAUCAUCAAUAGUUUACAUUCUGUGGGAGAGAGGACUAAACUGUCAAUACUUGAUUCUGUUUGUGUUGCUUGGAAAGCUUCUCAUGGUAUUGAUUUCCUGAGUGUGAACAUGAAAUGAAUUAAUGUGUGUGUGUGUAAGCACAUAAGUUGUGUUACUGUGACAUCUUGAUACUCUGUUUGCCUUGUAGACACUUUGAUAUUUCACUCUACUCCUUUGCUGAAAGGGACUUUUUUUACUUACUGUUGCCAUACAGCGCAUAUGUGCUGAACUUGCAUCUCUUGCAGGUCUAAAUUAUGCUGGUUGCAACUCAAUGCAUCUCAAGCACACUGUGACUAUCACAAAAACCACACAGCCAAGUAUACUUCUAAUCAUUUUAUGCUCGGUUUAAAAGCUGCCACAGUUGUGUCUAGCCAAACCAGAAUGUACUGCUUACAUAGAACUGUUAUUUCUAUCAAGUAAUUUCUUCAGUUGGUGUGAGCUGAUUUGUGAGGUAAUUGGGGUUUUAUUUUCACUUUUUGUGAGAGUGAGACAAUGAUAUUCUGUGUAGCUUUCUAUUCAGGAAGAAUACCAACAGAUUCCAAAAGAAUUUGCUGUAAUGUUGUUUUAAAACAUUGCUGGUGUCCUCUGGAAUUUUGUCAGUUCUGAAACUACUCCUUGGACCUCAUCCUUACGUAGAAGCUGGCAGAGUAGUGGUGUGAGUUUGCAGUGCACUUUGCCGGUUCCAAGCAGAUAAAGGCAGAGGUUUUUCCUAUCAUAACUGAAGAGUCACCCAGCUCAUCAUUAAUGUCAGUACUUGAGGUGAACGUGGAACAGCUACCACACUGUAAAUUCACACUCUGCCACACAGUGCUAACUUCCUCACCUGGACAAACUCAUAGUAAUAGUGGGAAAGACUCUAAUUAUUAGCUCUCUAUAAAGUAUUAUCUUAGUGCCUAGAUGCUACAGUGACUGCCAUUUAUACUGAAGCCUAAAACAGCUAUGUGUAAGGAGUUCUGUUCCCUGGAUACCUUUUGCCAACAGAAGAAAUCUCAGCAGCUGUGCUGUGUUGAUUUUGUGUAGAGAGGAGCCUACUUCUUGCUUCUGUGUUAGCUGUCUGCUACGAGAUGCUCGUUACCUUCAUGUGGAAACACUAGACCAGCUCCAUUAUUAUGAACAAUGAGAGGAAACCUGCUAGCCACGCUCAGUCGAAUGUACUUCUGAUACAGCAGUACAGCCAGCCUGACACAUUAAUCUUACCCUGUUUCAUUAAUCCUGCUUAAAGUGCCUCAGUUCUAGUGUGGUUGUUGGGGUCAGUUCUGGCUGGAAAGACUUUAUUCUCACAGUGACUUACUGAAGUGAACAGAUGUGAGGUGGGCACCUUUUUCAUCUACUAAUACACAACUCAGCACUUCAAGUUACCAGUAAGUCAUUAAAACUGCUUUACCUGAGUAAGAUUAUCAUUGUUAACCAAACCAGUUAACAGCUGCUGUUAGCAGUAAUCUACCUGCUGGUGUUCUAGUCCUAACCUUUUCUAACUGAGGUUAGAUUAUACUUAGUGUUUGUAAAUCAGAAGAGUUAUUGGAAUAGGUGAUACUGUCAUGCUAACUAAUGUGUGCUGCAGUGUAUUUAUAUAGGUAAGAUCAUUUUGUGUGUCUAAAGAUACUUGUAGCUUAUCCACCAUUUGGUUGAACAUAAAAAUUGCAGUUCAGCCACAGAACAACAGAGUAGGUUUUUUUCAGCAUUUGAAUUGCUGUGGGUGAAAGGCAGCAGCAGAAGUGAAGAGGAAAAAAAUUACCCUUGGCCUUCAUGGGUCUUUUGGCUUACAUCUGUAUUUUACUUCUGAGUUUGUUUGGCCGUCUUAAUGGGCUCUUUGUGUGUGGAUCCAUUGGGUGGAAUAAACUAAUAACCAGAAUAAGGAGAGCAAACAAUCUCUGCAUGUAGUAGCUUUAAUAGCUUCCAACAUCUGCCAUGGUGUGAAACCCCUCAAUCACAGCAGCAUAGAGUGACACUUCGUCCCCCCUCUUUUUUUUUACAUCUGGGAAUGAUGUUGGUAGUUGUUACCACUCUUCAUAAAAUGGGUUACAGAAUCUUGAGUAAAUUGGUACCUGAUUUUCAAUCUGGAGGUAGGAUAGAGAUUGAUGGGAUAGAGAUAGAAUGUGUCUUUACAAAUGAAGAUGCUGCUAUACAGAGCUUGAGAUACAAAGAACGGAACCAGGAGGUAGACUUGCAAGUAGCAUAUUAUUGGGAAACUGGGCUAGGACAGCUUGGGUUAUCUCAGCAGUCUGACCUCAUCAUUGUUGCCUGGACCUCAUCUCUGAAGCCUCCCCAUAGAUCCUUCCCUGAACUAACAAGGCGGCCUUUGAAGACAGCAGAACCAGGAGUAACUGGACACAACCUGAACUUCAGAAUUUUUAGGACAGUGCUUAAACCUCAUAGAUUAAUGAAUAUGAACUUCUCUGCCCAGGGAGGUGUAAAGCCUCAUUUUAAUGAACAUGGGGUGUAUGAUGCAAGGGGAGGACAUGGAGUAGGCGGCCCGGGCAGUCUGUACAUUCCGAGUACCUCAGCCAGUGGGGAAAGGAAGAGGGAUACCUGUGGCCGGGUAAUUUGGAUAAAAGGAGACCGUGUCCUCUGGAAGUUUGAGAGACCCCACAGGGAUCUGGCCCAUGGACUCUCCCUUCAUUCAAAUAAAAUUUUACAGGACUCCUC